AUGCAGUACGAUUUAAGCAAAGAUGGUGUGGCAUUCAACGUGAACUUCUGCUACUGUUGUCGAAGGCUAUUGAUUCCUGGAGCUAACAUGGAAAUCCGGGUCAGAUAUGAUAAAAAGAGUGUCAAAAGAUAUCUGGUGUACAGAUGCUGUGGAUGCAAGACGGAGGUUCGAUUUUAUACUCUUUUGGAUAAACGAGAGAAGAAGAGAGUCGAAGAAAGGGGGGAAAAGGAGUCAAAGAGUAACGACAAGCAGCGUAAUGGUAAGCGUCGCAGAUUACGUGAACUUCUGAAAAAGAAAAGCAUAAAAAAGGAAGGAAUUACUAGAGGUAAAAAGCAACUUGACUUAUUUGACUUUAUGAAGUAA